AUGUCAGCAGAUCCAAAGCCGUUGCCAUUUAUUUAUCAGUUUGCGUCUGGUGCUGUCGCUGGAGUAUCAGAAAUUUUGGUGAUGUAUCCAUUGGACGUGGUCAAGACUAGACAACAAUUAGAUAACACAAAUGCUUACUCUGGUACCAUUAACUGCGUGAAAAAGAUAGUUAAGGAGGAAGGUGCUUCGAGGUUGUAUAAGGGUAUCCUUGCGCCAAUUCUCAUGGAGGCCCCAAAGAGAGCUACCAAAUUCGCUGCUAAUGAUAAGUGGGGUGAGUUUUAUAGAGGUAUAUUUGGUGUCGCUACAAUGUCUCAGCCAUUGGCAGUCUUAACAGGUGCAACAGCUGGUGCUACUGAAGCUUUAGUUGUGGUUCCUUUCGAAUUAGUUAAGAUCAAGUUGCAAGAUAGAACAUCGAAGUUCAACGGGAUGGGGGACGUUAUUAAAGAUAUCAUAAAAAACAAUGGUAUCUUCGGUAUGUAUAAAGGUUUGGAAUCAACCAUGUGGAGACAUAUCUUUUGGAAUGCUGGAUAUUUUGGUUUGAUUUUCCAGGUUAGAAGUCUUAUGCCUAAACCCAAAAGCUCGUCAGAGAAAACGGUUUUUGAUUUAAUUAGUGGUUCUAUAGGAGGGACUUUUGGUACCGUAGUGAAUACACCAAUUGAUGUUGUCAAAUCUAGAAUUCAAGCAGGUUCAACGAAGUAUAUUUGGACGUUCCCUUCAUUAUUCAUGGUCGCAAAGGAAGAGGGCCUUGCUGCUUUGUACAAAGGCUUCAUUCCAAAAGUCUUGAGGUUGGGCCCAGGUGGUGGUAUUUUGUUGGUUGUUUACACAAGUGUUAUGGACAUGUUUAGGAAUUAUCAUGAAGGUAAGUAA